AUGGGAAAUAACGAAUAUGAGGUAAGAAAUUUAAAAACACCGCCACCUCACUCAUUAAAUUUGAAUCUUACAAGCUUCCGACCAAGUGUUAUCCAGCGUUGUACAGUUGUAGAUUCCAAUGUGUAUUGUUAUCAGAUCAGAAAAUCAGAGGAACUUGGUCGGUACUUAGUUGCAGCGAGAGAUCUUGCCCCAGAUGACGUAGUUCUUACAGAGUUGCCCCUUGUUUAUGGACCUAAAUCCAUGCCUGACCCAGAGGCUUUAAUGCCGUGUGUGGGUUGUUAUAAACCUAUAUUUACUGAUGUCGGUGAAAGAUGCUCCAGAUGUGGCUGGCCGGUUUGUUCUGGCAACUGUCCAGGUUUGCAGGAUCCUCUCCAUCAUGGCGUUGAAUGUGAAAUACUGAGCGCGCGUCCAGAAUGUGUUUUGGACAAUAUGGCUGAUUAUUAUAGACACGAUGCUUUACUUCCACUUCGAUGUGCUCUUCUCCAGUAUACAGAUGAUGAUAAAUGGAAAAAACUUUUAGAACUUCAGUCACAUAUGGAAAGUCGAUUACCGGGAACAGAUGCUUAUGAUGAAGCAGAUGAAUUCACUGUUAAAUAUCUCAUGAACGUUUUCAUCAACAAGAUUGAUAAAAAUGUUAAAAAUAAAUAUCUAAAUCUAAUAUCUGAGGAACUGUUGCACAGAAUUUGUGGCAUAAUAGACACUAAUGCGUUAGAAAUAAGACUACCAAAUGGAUCUGAACUUAACGCACUAUACGCGACAACAUGCAUGAUGGAACACAGCUGUGUCCCAAACACAAAGCAUUUAUUCAACACAUCAGGAAAAGACGUUAAAGACAAAUAUAAAAUUACAGUGAAAGUCGUCGUACCCAUUAACAAAGGGGAUCACGUGGCGACAAUGUACAGCCAUGCUUUAUGGGGAACACAAGCCAGACGGCAACAUUUGAAAGAUACCAAAUAUUUCUCUUGCAAGUGCAUACGUUGUAGUGACCCAACCGAGUUGGGAACUUAUUUAAGCGCCAUGAAGUGUUUUGGCGAUGAUAAGGGACCAUGUGAUGGAAUUCAUUUACCUGAAGAUCCGCUAGAUGAAGAAACCGACUGGGCUUGUAAUAAGUGUACAGUAAAGGUGAAUAAUUCUCAAAUAAAUAUACUCAUUUCCGAAAUGGGUGAAGAAGUAGAAAAUGUUCAAAUGAUGGGAGGUUCUGUGAACAUGUUAGAAAAUAUUUUAUGUCGACUGUCGACAUUUCUACAUCCAAAUCAUUAUCACCUUUAUUCAAUAAAACAUUCACUUAUACAGUUGUAUGGCAGACAAUCUAAUUAUAUGUCUGAAGAAAUAUUGGACAAGAAAAUAAAGAUGUGCAAGGAUUUGAUUUUCAUAACGAAGACUUUGGAUCCAGGUAACGCAAGACUGAGUUUAUACUCGGCAGUCCUGCAUCAUGAAUUACACUCAGCUUUGAUACUGAAGUCAAAAAAGGCUAAUAAAGAUGGAUCUCUUAAAACUCUUGAUGAAAUUAGACCAUUGAUUGAUGAAGGAAAAUUGUCAAUAGAAACAGCUUUGUCAUCCCUUAAAGAUGAUGUUGGGGAAACAUCAGGUAAAAAAUUAUAUGAAGUUAUCGAAAAAAGUAAACUUGACUUCGUCAACUACUGUAAAUCAAAAAACAUAAACAUUUAA